AUGUUGUCUCGGUGCCUUUACCGCGUCUGGUCCUGCCGUGCGCUGGGCCGAUGGUGGAACGGCUGCUGGGCAUGUUUGGUCGCACCUUACUUUGGGCUCAGCAUCAGCGCGUAUGUGAGGCGUGUGGCCAUCUUCGCGAGAAGCGGCAAGUUAGCCCGGGCCGUGCUGGAAGGCAGCCUUGGAUUCUUGAUGUUGACAGGACUCUUGCUGAGCUUCCGCGGCAGCUGCAAGUUGUUUGUGCUGGAGAGAUCGGAUGCUUAUGCGGACAAGCUGCGGCAGAAUCAGCGAGAGCGGGGAACGGCAGUUCAGAACGGAGUGCACCUUUGCUUCUUCCUGGUUUGGACUUGCUGUACAAUUGUACACCUGCUGCAGGAAGCGAGUAUUCUGAUGGCAGUGCUCUUUGUGCUGGGUGAGACACAAGUGAUUCUUCCCGAGAAUCUAGGGAGCUCGGGCUCUGCGCAGGCAGUCCUUGUAUUGGCGAUUGUGGCUGUUGGCCUACCCUUUGCCUGGUUUUACAUGUGGUUUCGGUUACAGCUUGGAAUGGCGCCCUGGCCGCUUGUCGGGCUCCUUGAGCUCGCCGCAGCAGAGGUUCGGCAGCUUGAGGCACAAAUCGAAGAUCUCUUGAAGAUGCCGAUCUCGGCACGUCGAGUUCGGGAGUUGAGCGUGAACUAUCUGCAGCUUCACGGCCGCUUGAGAGCUUUGUCUGCUCUCGCAGGCACUGCUCCUGCUCUGAUCUUGGCAGGUGCGGUGAUGCAAUCACUUGGGCUCCUGAUGUUCGAAGUUCUGGAAGAUGACGACCGCUUUGCGCAAGCCAACAUCAUGGUUACGGGGCUGUUCCUCUCACUUAUCUCCCCCACACUGGUGGCCUUUGUUCGAAUGGCCUGGGUCGCGCAUAGAUGUGAUGGGCUUGGUGCAGUGGGCUUACGACUCCUGUCGCAAACCACGGUGGAGGGCAGGAGUGACUUGCACGACGAUGCGGAUUGCACCGACCUGCUCCUACGCUUCAUGUACACAGUGCAGGCAGUCCCAACCGGCUGGUUCAUUGGACCCACUCGAGCUGGCCCAUCCUUCGUGCUGAGAGCCUUCCUGUCGGUGCUUGUGUCAGCGUUGAAGCAAUCCUGGGCUUUCUUCUUUCCCGAUGACUGGGCAGAGGGUGAUCCCAGGCUUGGCACAAUCCUGUUUGCCAUUGGCAUGGUGCUGCUCAGCGCAUCUUGUUCUGCUAUUACAUGCUUGAAAGCUGAAGUGCAGUUGCAAGGAUCGCCCACCCUGGACGAUGUAGAGCUUCCGAUCUCGCAGAUACAGCUUGAAUCUUCACUACACCCAGCUGGCUCGUCUCAACGAGAAGCACUGUAG